AUGGAGGUGGAAGAAGAGAGACGGCUGUUAUGGAAAUCGGAGUUGCAACCGGAAUCCAUGCUUUCAGUGACAGUAGGGAGAGCGAUGUCUACGCUGCUUGCUGCUCGCUGCAGGAAGCUACGCGACUCCAUUUCCACCCUGUCUCUCGAAACUCUGAAGAAGCCUUCUUCGCUCGGUUCCUUGGAGGAGCAGCUCGUGUUUCUGCAUACUUACGUUAAAGAUGCAGCUGAAAAGGAUGAGAAACUGGAUGACGUUCUAAUUCCCAUCAUUCAGCAUUCCUUGGCUAACAAAGACUUGAAACGUGGCGGCCAAGCUCUGGUACUUAUCAACUGGCUGUUUCAAGAUGAGUUUGUAUUCCAAGCUGUUGCGAAGAAUAUGGUAGACGUUAUCAAGGCUAAAGAUGACCGUUUCAUUUGUCUUGGUUGGUGUGUACUUGUGCGCAGUCUUGUGGAGUAUGAGAAUUUUAUGGAUCAGUAUUCGUUGUAUGGAAUCAGGGAUAACUACCAACCUCUGCUGGACAUACUUUGCUUAUGUCUACCACAUUUAUCAAAAAUAGUAACUGCAGGGAGCAUUCUUCGAGAUGGUUUCGAGCUGCCAACUCGCCUAUCAGUGUCUGCUGCGGAUUGUAUUUUAGCUAUCAGCAAAGCAUUGACCAUAAAGGCUAAGGUUUCAAGCACGAAGUCACAAUUGUUGACAAUGAAUGCAUCUUCUCAGUCUAUGACUCCUCAAUCCACUGACACUGCUGUGAAGAAAGUGAAACUGGCAUCUAAAUCUUCAGAAGGUUCGAUGACCGAGAUGUCAUAUUUGCUCUGGGAUCAAAUGGACAUUCUCAUUUUGCUAUUGCAGAAACUUCUUGCUUGGAGCAGAAAAAGCAGAGUGUUACAUGCAAAGGGAGUGGAGUUAGUGCUUAAAUGGAUGCAGGAAAUAAAACAACGUUACCGUGACAUCCGAAAUGAGGCAGACGCUCUUAAGAGUGGGACAUUGCUAUUAUCAUCUUGUUGGAAGCACUUUGGUGGUCUAUUGUACUUGGAAGAUCAUAAUUUUUAUCAGAAGUGUGAUGAGUUGUUGGAACAGUACUCAUCUGGAAUCCAGUACUAUAUGGAAAACCAAGCUGAGGAUCAUGGAGAGAAGACAACUAGUGGCUUAGAAACUAGGAAGUUUUUCAUCACUUGUCUAUGUCUUCUCUUGGGGCGUUUAGAUGGCAAGAGAUUUGAAAGCUCAAUGUCAGAACACUGGGUAAAGAUAUCACGUAUCCUCAUAUCACAGCUUCACUGCACAGAUGAAGAUGUGGUCUCUGGAGCUGUUUGCAUACUGAAGGCAGCAAUAUUCAAGAAUGACUGUUCGUCUGGGAAUGCUCUUGAUAAUAAACAGAUGAAUAUGAUGUUUCCACAGCUACUGAACCUUCUUGAUGAACGGGAUAGCACAGCUAAAGCCAUUGUUAUGCUCAUAGCUGAAUACUGUUCCAUGAGCACUGGAGGUCAUUGUCUUGAACAGAUUCUACAGCGUCUUGCUUCUGAAAAUGCUAAGCAGAGGAGGAAUGCCAUUGACGUCAUUUCAGAACUGAUACACUUACUAUCAAAUUCAAUAGACAAGCUUCCUUCUGUGGCAUGGCAAGAUAUAGCCAACAGCUUGCUCGAGCGCCUUAGUGAUGAAGAAACAGUAAUACGUGAACAAGCAUCCAAUUUGCUUGCCAGAAUAGAUCCAUCAGUUUCCCUGCCUGCAUUAGUUGGCCUCCUUUACUCAUCAGAUGAUAGAGUGAAAAGAUCAGCUGCUACCACUUUCGUAGCUGUGCUCAAUUAUCAUGGCCAGGAACCUGGUGUCAUAUGUAUGCUACUUGACUGCCUUAGUAACCUAAACCAGAGUCGAGAUCUUCCAAAUGCUACUGGUGAUGUUUGGAAAGAGUCAAACAGGGAUGCUGAUCCAGUACUCAAGCUAAUACCAGAGUGGUCUAAAACUGUCCAAGAUUGGAAACCCUUUGUGGCAGCAUUAACAGAAAAGAUGUUUGCUGAUCCCGGCAAUGCAACUAUUGUCCGCUUUAUGAGUUGUCUAAGCGACCGCUUAGCAGAAGUUGCAGAUGUGGUCCUUUAUAGUGUCUUAUUGCAAAUGCAAAGACAGGAGGUUGAUGAAAGUUUAGUCUCUCAACGGGAACGUGGAUCAUAUACAAAUCAGGACUCCGUGAAGCAACAGUCCUUGUUUGACCGCCUUUGUCCAUUACUCAUUAUUCGGAUGCUUCCAUUAAAAGUUUUUGAUGACCUUAAUCUCUCUGUGAUGUAUGGUCAACUUCUCAACCAAUGGGUAAUUCUUGGAUGUGGUGAUAUCAAAGCCGACCAAGAAUGUAUAUCUGCAUUUCUUGUCAAGAGGGCAUUGAAUGAGUCCGAAUUUGAAGAUGUUCGAAAACUGGCAGCUGAACUUUGUGGCCGAAUUCAUCCUCAGGUGCUCUUGCCUGCUGUUACUUCAGUAUUGGAACAUGCAACAGUGCUUCAUGACACAUUGAAGAUCAAGGCUUGUCUGUUCUCACUUUGCACUUCUCUUGUGGUUAGAGGUGGAGAAUCUUUUCCCCAUUCUGCUCUCCUCAAAAUUAGACAAGUCCUUGAAAAGAUACUAAGGUGGCCUCCUUUGGAUAACAAUGAAGUUUCCAAAGCACAACGUGGAUGCAUCGACUGCUUGGCACUAAUCAUUUGUGCUGAGCUGGAAGGUCCUGGGUCAGACAUAGAAUCUCGUCGACGAAAAUUUUCUGGAAAAGCCGACACAGAAACCUCCAUUUUCAAUUACGUGAUCCAUCAGCUGAUAACAAAUGAGGAAGAAGUCGAAAAUUCUGCAUACGAGGCUAACAUCUCUCGUUCAUUCCGCAUUUGCAUGGCCAACGUCCUCAUAAGUGCUUGUCAUAAAGUCUCCGACUCUAACAAGGAGUCUCUGGCUCAAAAAGCGCUUCUGCAUCUCAUCCCUUCUGUCAAGGGAAUAAGGUACCCAGAGAUAAGAUCUGCUUGCGUGCAGGUUCUGUUUUCAGCUGUUUACCAUCUCAAGUCUGCAGUUCUUCCAUAUUCAGCCGAUCUGCUUAAACUAUCUCUUGAGCUGCUUCAAGAUGGAUCAGAGAAGGAAAGACUUGGAGGCGCGAAACUGAUGGCGUCCCUUAUGGCGAGCGAAGACGAGAUUCUGGAGACGAUAUCAGUUGGCCUGAUAGAAGCAAGAUCUGUUCUCUCAAAUGUAUCCAGAUCCGAUCUUUCGCUUGAAAUUCGCCAGAUAUGCAAGCAGCUGCUGGCUUGUAUAACAACUUAA